GCGGCGGCUGCAGCGGCGGUGGAAGAUGAGCAGGUCUGCAGCGGCGGCGGCGCUCCUGCUUUGCCUGCUGGGCUGCAACGUGUGGAAGGCGGUGACGAAGACCUUGGGGGCGGCCGACGCGGCUCAAGAAGUGACGCUGAAGGUCCACGUAAGCGAUGCCAGCACACAUCAGCCAGUCACCGAAGCCUUUAUUGAGAUUUUUACCAACCAGAUUCCUAUUGCCUCUGGAACCUCAGGAGCAGAUGGCACUGCCUUCAUCAAGUUUCAGUAUAAGCUGGGCAGUCAGCUUAUAGUUACUGCAACUAAACAUGCUUAUGUGCCAAACUCUGCACCAUGGAAACCUAUAAGAUUGCCUGUGUUUUCUUCUCUGAGCCUUGGCCUUCUUCCUGAACGUUCUGCUACUCUAAUGGUGUAUGAAGAUGUUGUACAGAUAGUCUCAGGAUUUCAAGGUGCACGGAUUCAACCACGAGUUCAUUUUCAAAGGAGAGCCCUCAAGCUGCCAGAGAAUACCAGCUAUAGUGACCUCACAGCAUUUCUUACUUCAGCUAGUUCACCUUGGGAGGUGGAUAGUUUUCCUUAUUUACAAGGAUAUGAUGGCAAUGGAACUGGGAAUAACACUAGGUAUGAUCUUACUCCUGUCACUGCAGUUAGUGUUCACUUACUCAGAAGUGAUGGGACACCAGUUCCUGUGAAUGGGCCCAUCUUUGUAACAGUGCCUCUCCCAACCAACAGCAACUUGAAGCACAAUGCCCACGUGCCGGCUUGGAGAUUUGACCAAAAAUUUGGGACAUGGUUGAAGAGCACUUUAGGUGCCAUACAACAAGAAGGAAAUGAGAUGACCUGGUCAUACAUUGCCCCUCAGCUGGGGUACUGGGUUGCAGCCAUGUCACCCACCAAUCCAGGCCCCACUGUAACCCAGGACAUAAGCACUUACCACACAGUGAUUCUUUUGGCAAUUCUAGGCGGGAUGACCCUUAUACUUCUUGUUUUACUGUGCCUCCUUUUAUACUAUUGCAGGAGAAAGUGCUUAAAACCACGUCAACACCAUAAGAAACUGCAGCUUUCUUCAACACUCGCUGGUUCUAAGAAGGACCAGUCAACCUCUAUGUCCCAUCUUAACUUGGUAUUUUCACGGCGUGAAUCAGAAUUUCCUGGUGGACUGUCUGCUGCUAGCCAUGGACGCACACAAUCCUCAGACCGCAAGGAGCUGAUGGGGGCUGUCCGCAUGGAGAAAACGUGUUCAGGUGGAGAAGCAGACAUGCACACCCCCAUGCUCAAACAUACAUACAGCACCUCACAAGAAUUUAGUUCCCGAGAAGAACUGCUUUCCCACAAGGAGCAGGACCAGAGCAGGAUGUCUCUAGAGAACAUGACUUCUAGUGGCACUUUGCGAAAAGACUACCUUAAGUCAGUGGACACUUUUGGGACCAACCCAAGGAAAUCAAUGGAAACAUCAGAAGGGUAUGACACCACUAACAUGGAAGAUCACAGGAGGAGUUAUAAUGCAAUGUUGUCUCGGCCUCUGUUUGAAAAGCAAGAGCAAGCUUCCAUAAACCAUAUUUCUACAGGAAGCAAAUACAAUGUUCAGGAGCAACUGUACCCUAUCCCUUCGGCGCCUGAAACAGAACUGCUCGACUGCAGACCUACUGAAUGUAUGAUGUCUCGCUCUGUUGAUCAUCUUGAAAGACCCACUUCCUUCCCUCGGCCAGGUCAGCUGGUCUGCUGUAAUUCUGUUGAUCAGGUUAAUGACAGUGUUUACAGAAAAGUGUUGCCUACAUUAGUCAUCCCCGGUCAUUAUAUGAAACUUCCCGGGGAACAUCCUUACAUUAGCCAACCUUUGGUUGUUCCUGCCGAUCAACAAAUCGAUAUUGAAAGACUCCAAGCAGAAAUGUCGAGCCCUCAUUCCCAGCUUUUCCCACAUUCCCAACAACAGAUGCAGCCUCAACAGCUGGCUGCCCAAGCGAUAUCUCAACAACAUUUGCAAGAAGCGGGUGCAAGUGAAUGGAACCCUCAAAAUGUGUCUAUGUCUGAAUCAGUGUCCAUUCCCGCAUCACUUAACGAUGCCUCUUUGGCACAAAUGAAUAGUGAGGUGCAGCUUCUUACAGAGAAAGCUCUAAUGGAAUUAGGAGGCGGUAAGCCUUUGCCUCAUCCUCGAGCCUGGUUUGUCUCUCUAGAUGGGCGUUCGAAUGCUCAUGUUAGACAUUCGUAUAUUGAUCUGCAAAGAGCUGGAAGGAAUGGAAGCAAUGAUGCUAGUUUGGAUUCUGGCGUUGACAUGAAUGAGCCAAAAUCUGCUCGAAAGGGAAGGGGAGAUCAUUUGUCAAUACAACAUCUUCAUCAACAAGUGCAAGAACAUCCGCAGAAAGAGCAAAAAGUUCCAGAAAGCUCCUAUACACAACUUGUAUAUUUGGAUGAUAUGGACCAAAGUGGCAGUGAAUGUGGAACCGCCGUGUGCAGCCCAGAAGACAGUACUCUGCGCUGCCUGUUGGAGGGAGGGGGCAGAAGAACAGGCGGCCAGUUACCCAGCUUACAGGAAGAAACAAUAAAAAGAACUGUAGAAACCUCACCAGAGCCUUUAACCAGUCCAGAGCAUGGAAUAACUAUCCGCAGUGAAGUUGAAGAUGACGACGACGACGACGACGACGAUGAUGAUGACCAAGGGGAAGAUAAAAAAAGUCCUUGGCAAAAGCGAGAGGAAAGGCCACUCAUGGCUUUCAAUCUGAAGUGAGCUACCAUAAAUCCAGUUUUUUCCCCAUGGAAUAUAAAAUUGCCAAAUAUAUAUAUUUUUGGGUGGGUGUUCUCAGUUUGACUGUAGAAGGAAAAAAAGAAGGGAAAAUAAAUCCCUCUGGUGGACUGCGGAGGAAAUACACUCAAAAGAAUUACUGUUUUGAUGGUUGCAAAUAACUCUUCAAAGCGAUUCAAAGAUUACUUCUGAAAAGAGUUUAUAAGAGCAUUGACUAUUACUUCGUUUACUUGACUUCAGCCAUCAAGGGCAUUUGGACAUAUUUGCAAGUUGUAUGGCAGAUUAUGACCUCAGAUUUCCCUGGAAAGGGAUCUAUGUGAAACUUUAUUAUGUUUUCUUGAUUCAACUCUAUCAUGAUGAUGCUACUGAAAGGGUAUCUUAAAUUAGAGUUUGACACUUGAUUCUACAGAUAUGCAUUAUCUCAAAGGAAGGCUAUGCAUUGCUGCUUUUUAGUAAACUUUUUGCUUAAACUAUGCUUUUCUUACUUAUUUACAAAGUAGUUGUAAACAUUUUACAUCUUAACUACAGCCUGCUCAGCAAUUCAGUUUUAUCUCCUUGAAGCCUGAGUAGCAGUUCUUGGUGUUGAAGAGCCUUUUUAUGAAACCAAACUGAAUUUUAGGUCAGCUGCAGUUCCUCCAGUUCUGGUCCCCAUUCACUCCAAGUGCCUUUUUUACAGGAAAAAUUAAUAGCCCCUUCUUUUGCCAAUGCCUUGAAUAGUCAAAUUUUUAAAAAUUUCUAAAGCUGUACCUUUUCUUUAAACUGCAUGCCAUCAAGUGUCUGUGCUAAAAGACUCCUCAUUUCACUACAAUGUAUUCUCUAAUGAACAGUGUGUACUGUGGUUUCUGUUUAGCAACAUAAGCUAGAGGACACCUUUAAAAAACCCAAAGUAGCCAAGAAGAUCGUUUCACUGACUGUACAUACGAUGUAUAUAGGUUCAAGUAACAUGGACUAUGGACCAAGCAAAUGGACUUAUAAUGUGUUUUAGAAAUGUCGGGCAAAGUUAUUAUGUACUGUCCAAAAGUGCCAGAUACACUUCUGUGCUUUCUCUAUAUAGAGUUGCUUGGUUAUACAAAAAUUAUAAUUGAAAAAUAAACUUUUUAAAAAUUGAGGAUUUUUAAAAUUC